AAAAGCCCAGCCACCUGGAGGAUAUCUCAAACAUGCAACUCAGAAUUCGCAGGAAAUUAAACACGAAAAAUUGACAAUGGGGCAAUGGUUUUAUACGGGUGAAAACUUAAAACUUUACAAAUUAUGUCGAAUGGUCAUUGUGCAUUUGCAACACACAGAGGCAUUGUCAGCAAAAUUAGGUUUACACGGCUGGAAUCACUGCAGUAUGCCUAGUAUAAACUGUGAAGGAAAUGUAACCCAGAAGUAAUGAAAAAUUGUGACGUUGAUAAAACAUCCUACUCCAAACACAAAGGAGGUUACAAAUGUGGAACCUAUCCCGGGAGUUGACCGGACGCUUGGGUUCAUCCGUGGUUGAAGAGCCAUGUCACAUUGUGCAGGGAAACGAACUCGCGGUCAAAUCGGGAUUUGCGUUCUGCCAGAAUGGGAGCAAAGAUAACAGAUACCGGUGAACCGGCUGCUCCUUUCAAGAAGCUUACUAUGUCUGGAUGUGGUGAUCAGUUUUGUGCAAUACGCUAUAACCACUGCAAAACAAUAACCAUUGAAUUUCAAGCUGAUGAAAAACUGGGCGAUUUCAAUGUAAAAGUUAACGCGUUGUGGUCAAACGCCCUACGACGGUUUGUGAUCUUUGAUUUGGAUAGGGACUGCACGUUAUUUGAUGAAAACGAAUGCAGAAUGUCAAAACAUGGGACUAACUACACCAUAUCUCAUCCCUUUAUAAUCAAAGAACCAUGGCUAACGGGCCAUCAAACGUUGGAAUGGACGUUUUGGUCUGGCGGAAAACGCAUUGUUUGUACCCUGAUUCAUGUUUGGGUUUGGUGA